AUGUACCUGGUUGGUACACUCGUGUCGCUUGAUCAAAAGGCUCGUAUGCCAUCGCGAAGGAAUGGACAAGCAGAAUAUUUAUAUCCUAAUAAGGAUGCUCCUACUCCCUUACCGGAGGAUUUCUACAAAGAAUGGCUAAAUGGAGAUCAUUCUCUUCCCCAGACUCAAGCUGAGACUGAUACUGCGAGACAUCAGCCCCAAUGUGACUCCUCAACUACGAAUGCUAUAGUGGAUCAACUGAUCAGAGAGAACCAAGAUUUAAUUGAAAAGGAAGCGCUUAAACAGGCCGCGGCUGCAGCGCUUAAUAUCAAUGCUGCACAAUAUUCCAACCUUAUUCCCAUCUCGUUCGAUCAAGAAGAGUUUAUAAGGCAAGAAGAACAGAAGCGCAAUAAACAUCGAGAGAAGAUGUUGCAAAGUCUGCGUCAAAAUAAGUGA